UCUUCACGUCUUUACUCACUAAGCACGCAACGAUGCUGCAACAGUCCUGAAGCGGCUACUCUAGAAAAAUUAUUAAAAAAAAAAACGUCCGAGGAAUCUACUUUUUACAAAAAAAAAUAAUUGUCACCCACAAGUGCCUUGUAAAAUAAUUUUAUACACACCGAACAGUAUUACUCAUCUUUAUAUUCACUUUUUUCGUUUUUCUAUACCUACCGAUUCAUUUUUUCGUGUGGUGAAGGAUCAGUGACGUAGAACGAUGUCCUCAGUCAUGUUCGACUCUCUGGGCGACAAAGUGGCCAUGUUUAAUCAGCAAGCCACUCAGCACCAAAGCACGCAAGCCAAGAAUCCCUUCACAUCUGGCUUGAAUUUGCCCAGACCGAAAUUCUCAAAAGAAGAAUAUGGAAGACCAGCCGCUGGUUCAUUGUCGGACAUUCGUGGUCGCAAGGCAUUCGCCCAUAUCAGUAAGGAGAUCAUUGAAUUGUGCGAGAUAAUAAAUCAGAACGGAACGCCUUGCAAAGACGAGCCAGGGAUCAAGGGUAUCACUUUCGGGGAUUUGUUCAACAUCUACACGUACGUAAACGACAAGUGCGUGGGACUCCUGCUGCGAGCCAGAAAACAGAAGCUAUUAGAAUUCGAAGGGGAGUGUCUCUUUCAGAGAAGGGACGACGACGUGCCGAUAUUCUUGACGAAGCCAAUGGCGGAAAUCAGGCAAAUCUUCAAACAAAAAGAAUUAGAACAACAGCGAAUAGACGCCGAAAAAUUAUAACACAGGGACGUUGGAUGGAACAAUUUAUGACCAUAUAUACGUAUAUAUAUUUAUAUAUAUUCUAUUUUUCACUAACAAAAACGACCAUUUAUUUAUAAUCAAAACCGAUAGCUUGUAAUUUGUGAGAGUGACUGGAACGUGAGCCGAUGAUGUAAAUAUUGUAUAUGAGAAUCGUAGAAAUACUGGUCUAGGUUAGUAAUAAAUGAAUUUAUACAAA